GCGAUGAGGAGCAGCGCCGAGGUGAAGCCAUGCGCGCCGGGACCGCCUGCCUGCUGCGACUCACCGCGCUCUGCAUCAUCCUGCUCUCCCACGCAGCAGCAGCUUACUUCGGGCUCACUGGACAGGAGCCCUUGGCUUUUCUGUCGAGCCCGUCAUACAGCACCGAGCCCGCAGGUGGAAAAGCGCACGUGAAACAGUGCGAGCAGAUGUCACUGACGCGGCGGCAGAAGCGCGCGUGCCGCCGGGAACCGGGCCUGGCAGAGACGCUGCGGGAAUCGGUGCGCCUCAGCCUGAUGGAGUGCCGCUACCAGUUCCGCAACGAGCGCUGGAACUGCAGCAUGGAAGGCCGGGGAAGCCUCCUGAAGCGAGCUUUCAAAGAGACGGCCUUCCUCCUGGCAGUGUCCUCAGCAGCUCUGUCACACACUCUGGCCAAAGCAUGCAGCUCGGGUCGUAUGGAGCGCUGCACGUGCGACGACACUCCUGGUCUGCACCAGCGUGAAGCGUGGCAGUGGGGAGUGUGUGGAGACAACCUGAAGUACAGCACCAGGUUCCUCAAGAAGUUCCUGGGCCAGAAACGGGUUAGCAAGGACCUGCGGGCUCAGGUCGAUGCACAUAAUAUAAACGCCGGCAUGCGGGCUGUAAAGAACGGGUUGGUGACGACCUGCAAGUGUCACGGCGUCUCCGGCUCAUGUGCGGUCCGUACAUGCUGGAAGCAGCUCUCGCCGUUUUAUGUGACAGGCCAGCUGUUGAAGUAUCGCUAUGAUACGGCCGUGCGUGUCCUCAGCGUCACCAAUGCAGCUACCGGUGACAUAGAGUUGGCCGGGCCGGCACACCGAGGUGACGAGACUCCCCGGCCUCACCCUUCCGAGCUGGUGUUUCUAGAAGAGUCGCCUAGCUUCUGCCGCCUGUCUCGGUAUUCGCCCGGUACAACCGGCCGCACCUGCACCAAGGACACGAGCUGCAGCAGCCUUUGCUGCGGACGUGGUUACAACACGGCGCUGCGCCUCGUCACGCUGUCCUGCAACUGCCAAGUACGGUGGUGCUGCCACGUCGAGUGCCAGACCUGUGUCCGCGAAGAGGAGGUAUACACGUGCAAGAAGCACUGAGAAAGACAGGAACGAGAAAAGGAGCUCCGAGUGGCUCCACUGGCUCAAUAUUUCUCCAAUUUGGGCCUCUCGGGCAAGUGUGGGCAAAGUUGGACAAGACCCCCCUCCCCCUCCCAAAGGCAUGGCUUUCCGAAAUAAGAGUUGUGCUCCUGGACGACAAAGCAAAACUGUGGGAAUUCCCACAUGAAUCUCGCCACAUUUGGUUGUUUCAAGCAAGAAAAGAGCCACUGAUUGAGAUUUUAACCGGAUUGAUCUCUUCCUCCUCUCUGAAUGCACUGAAAUUACAUUUUACUUUUCUGAGAGCUUCAUCACACGCAGGUGUCAUGAAUCAUUUUGGGCGACUCAACCUAGAGGUGCUGGAGUGGAUGUGGAAGACACAGUACGAGUCAAAAGUUUGUACACCCCUACCCAACUCUACUUUUCUGUAUUUUGUAUUUUAUACAUUGUAGAACAACACUGAAGACAUCAAAACUAUGAAAUAACACCUGGAACAUGUAUGGAAUUUUGUGGAAAACAACAACAAAAAAAGUGUUCAACAAAAUGUUUCAUAUUUUCGAUCCUUCAACGUAUCCAGCGUUUUCCUUGAUGACGCUUUGCACAUGAUUGGCAUUAUCUUAACCAGUUCAUGAGGUAGUUUUUCAAUUAACAGGUGUGCCUCGUCAAAAGUUAAUUAGUGAACGAGUUUCUUGCCUUCUUAAUGUGUUUGAGAUCAAACAAUAAAUAGUAAAUAAUAAUAAUCAGGGCUUUGAACCAGAAUUUUUUUUCCUAUUGGUUUGUUCCGAACAGAAACGGAAUUUUAACGUUUCCGGUUUUGGGUUCCACCAUUAAAUAGACGUUCCCGAACCGGUUAGAACAAAAAAAUUUCGUUCCAGGAAUGGUUAAUUAUGUUCCCUGUCAGCUGUUUAACAAAUGGCUAUAAAAUUGUGUCUCUGUCUCAUCCAGCUUAAGCCAAAUGUAGGCUAAUUCUAUUACAACCUUCAUUAAAUAAGACAAGAAAUAAUUCAAAACAAUUAUUAUUUCAAAUGUUGGCGAUUUGGAUUCUCAGUAUGUCUUCCCAUCUACACAAACAGAAAAAGUGCCAAAAAUGAAAGAUAAUUCGUUUAGUGUGUUACCAAAGGCUAGUCAGGCCCUAUGCAUUGAUAGGCUAACAGAGGUUAACAUCAUUUAAUGUUCGCGAGCCUCUCAUUAACGUGGACAAAUAUAUUGAUAUCGUGUUUGAAAUUGACGUUUUUGAAUAACGAUAGACUGCAAUAUUUACCUCUUAUUUAAGAUGUGGAGACGUGAUAGUAGUCCACCCUCCCGCUCUCUCCAUUCAGUCAGCGAACGUCACACAGGAAGUGAACCCCAGCGGGUCAUAGAAACUUGCGCAGGAGAAGAAUGACUUUUUUUAUUUGUAGGCUACGGAAACUUUGAGGAACGAAAUAAAAACCGGUAUUAACCGGUUACCAUUAUUUUUAAUAAGCGUUUCUGUUCCGGAACAUAAAAAAUAAUAAAGUUUCUGGUUUCGUUUCUGUUCCAUGUGAAAUAGAAAAAGUUCCCGGUUCUCGUUCCUUGAACCGGUUCAAAGCCCUGCUUUUAAUUCAUAAAAAAUGAAGAAAAACAUACAAUUCGAAGGUGUGUCCAAACUUUUGACUGGUACCGUUUGCAAAACUUUGAGACUGUUGAUCCAGCCUGUCUAUCUGUAUAUCUGUCUGUCUGCCUUUGUGCCUGCAUCACAUCAAAAAAAGCAAGGGUUAAAUAUUAUGCUGAUUUUAUGAAGCACUUAAAUUUGUCAUGUGAUGAUUAUUGUGUCAGUCUUGUGUUUGGGAGGAAGAAAAUGUAUCUGAAUGUUAUUUAGGAUUUUUUUUUUUUGGCAUGUAAUACAAGAAGUGCAAAGUAAAGUCAUCAAAAAUACUCGAAGCGGGAAACCUGAUCGAAUUAUGCAAUGUUUAACAGUUAUUCCAUGAAAUCGAGUCGUACAUGAGCUGAUAGCUGACGAGCACCGAGUCGGCUAUAAGCUGUAUGGGACGAGAUUGAGUGGAAUAAUUGUUUUAUUCUAUCCACAUUCGCUGGAUUUUGAGAAACGGAGCAUUUUUAUUUAUUUAUUUAUUUUGCAAAUUUGAUAAAUAAAAACUUUACAGAAAACAUCUGACAAAAUAAU